GUUUCCAGCUCUUCUCCAAGUUCGCUCCCCCGCCACCUCAUUAAUUUCUCGUUGCUCAUAUUAUCCUCGUACCUUGUCCAUAGAAUUGCCAUUCUACGUUCCUUGCUUUUGUUCUAUUGUUCUGUUGUUCUUUUGUUGUAGUUGUGCUCUGAUCUGAGAGACCCGCAUCCACUCCCGCCUGAUCCGCUCUGCUCUAGUCGCAGCCCGAAAGCUACUAUCUCUCACCGCCGCUAAGUAACCUUAGGGUGUCCUGCUUCCCGAGACUAUGGACAGCCGGCCGGUUGCAACCGCGUCUGGUCCGUACACUGGACCCGGCUCCUACCCUCCACCACCUUCUGGAGCGCCGCCGGGGGUCUCAGUCGACCCGUACUCGCGGCCGCCUCAGUCUACCACACCCACGGCUCCGUACCCUGGGACAGUCUAUGGAGGACCGCCUCCCGGGCCGACGAGUAUAGCUCCAGUUGAGCACAUGUCUGGCCCUGCAGCCUAUCCAAAUCCUCACUCUCAGCAGGCUAGCAUGGUGGAGGGUCCGCGCCCUUCAGCUGCCUUGAACCCUCUUACUACGACGACGCAGGACCUGAAAACGGUCAAGACCGGGACCCAAUUUGCGCUUCGGGAGUAUUUGUCUCUGCAGAGAAAGAGAGGCCGACUGGAUGGUGCCAUGUCGUUAGAGUUGGAGGAUCAGAUCAGGGCCCAAGGUCGUGUCCUGCUAGGUGAUCUUAAGGUUUUGCGGAAGGAGGUCGGAACCCUAAUCAAAGAUGGCGAAAAUCACCGCUGGAGAAACUGGCUCAUUGGUGGAGCUGUAGCAACCUUCAUCCCAGCUGUGAAGCGCAUCUUCCGCCGCCCUUCUGAUAAGACGGAAACCGACGUCCAGGCGUCUAACAGCACCGAGUACGCAUUCUGGCGCAGUAAAGCACUGGUAGCCCGGAUCAAGGAUAGUCUCCUGGGCCGCAACAGCUUCGCCAGCAUCGCCUUCUUUGUCUUUGCCGUACUCUACGUCUUCACCAACGAAGUUUCUCUGCAGGUGGCCAAGACCGUGUCGAAGCGAUUGAAGCGACUGAGUGCCAAGAUCGAGAGAGGCGAUGUGGAGGUUGUCGACCAAGACAUGAAGCUGCUUGAAGGCUGGCGGUGGAGAGUUCUCAUGUGGGGACAGUGAUUUACGCGAGGCAUGAUGCAUAUGUGAGCAUGUAUGACGGACAUGAGAAAACGACAGCGUUGCAUAGCAUGGAAGCGUGCAAGUUUCGAUUUGUUUUCGGAGCUUUUAUACAUUUGGAAAACCAACUACAGACAUGUUUGUGGUCAUCAGUACUCUACACCACAAGAUAGCACUUUCGAUAUAUCACCAGCUCGCACCA